AGAAAUUUCUUGUUUAAGAAGCUGUUGUAUUUGAACAUACAUCACAUUAGAGAAGUGAAGACUACAAUAACUUCCGUUUAAUACAUUUCAACUGUCACAAGAUCACACACUGACCACAAACUUGUUUUCAACUAGCUUUAAAAAGAAGAUGUGUCCAGACUACUUAAACACAACUACACAGGAACAAGGAACUAAAUCAUUUAAUGUUUGAUGGUCAAAGAGCAGAAAUGUCUGAUGAUAUUUAUAACGUUGUCAUUGGGACUGAGUUUGAGAAAAUGAUCAAAGAUAGAGAGGAGAUGACAGUGGUUAAAUAUGAGAGUGUAGAUUGUGUGAGAGGUCGUGAAUUCAGGGCAGAGACGAAGACACCCCAACCACUUCAGCACACAGGAAGUGAUUCAGUGAAAACCAGAAUCUCCAGAGCAGCUGUAGUGUGUUUGGUGCUUCUGUGUGUUCUUCUGCUGACUGCAGUCAUAGCGCUGUGUGUCCACAUCCAUACAAAGAACACAAACUACACAGAAAAGAUACACCAGCUACUGACCAACAACACCAACCUCACAGAAGAAAGAGACGAGCUAAUAAAAAAGAUCAGAAAUGUGUUGAAUCAACUUUCAAAUUCUGAUGGAUGGAUUUACUAUCAAUCCAGUUUUUACUACAUGUCCAAUGAGACAAGGAACUGGACUGAGAGCAGACAAGACUGUCAGAAGAGAGGAGCAGAUCUGAUCAUCAUCAACACCAGAGAGGAAAAUGAUUUUGUUAAGAAGAUUACUAAUGAAAGAGAAUUCUGGAUUGGUCUGACUGACAGUGAAGUGGAGGGCACAUGGAAAUGGGUUGAUGGCAGCACACUGAAAGACAGGACCUCUGGCUUCUGGGAGCCAAAAGAGCCAAAUGGAAAAGAACAAGAGAACUGUGUUGUGACUUAUUUAACAAAGGAUCCUCAAUUAAAAGGGUGGCUUGAUGUUACAUGUAAUGGUGCUCAUCAGCGGAUCUGUGAGAAGAAUAUUUUACCUCUCAUACAGCAAUAUACUUCAAGAGCAGAAAUGUCUGAUGAUAUUUAUGACAAUGUCAUUGGGACUGAGUUUGAGAGAAUGAUCAAAGAUAGAGAGGACAUAACAGUGGUUAAAUAUGAGAGUGUAGAUUGUGUGAGAGAUUGUGACUUCAGGAGACAGACAAAGACACUCCAAACACUUCAGCAGACAGGAAGUGAUUCAGUGAAAACCAGAAUCUCCAGAGCAGCUGUAGUGUGUUUGGUGCUUCUGUGUGUUCUUCUGCUGACUGCAGUCAUAGUGCUGUGUGUCCACAUCCAUACAAAGAACACAAACUACAGAGAAAAGAUACACCAGCUACUGACCAACAACACCAACCUCACAGAAGAAAGAGACGAGCUUAUAAAAAAGAUCAGAAAUGUGUUGAAUCAACUUUCAAUUCCUGAUGGAUGGAUUUACUAUCAGUCCAGUUUUUACUACAUGUCCAAUGAGACAAGGAACUGGACUGAGAGCAGACAAGACUGUCAGAAGAGAGGAGCAGAUCUGAUCAUCAUAAACACCAGAGAGGAACAAGAUUUUGUUAAGAAGAUUACUGAUAAAAGAGAAUUCUGGAUUGGUCUGACUGACAGUGAAGUGGAGGGCAGAUGGAAAUGGGUUGAUGGCAGCACACUGACCUAUGAGUUCUGGGAGCGGGAAACAAAAUAUGCAAAUGGAGGAACACUAGAGAACUGUGUUUUGACUUAUUUAACAAAGGUUCCUCAAUUAAAAGGGUGGCUUGAUGUUACAUGUAAUGGUGCUCAUCAGUGGAUCUGUGAGAAGAAUAUUCCACUUCUCAUACAGAAAUAAGAACAUCAUCUUCAUUAUU